AUUUACAGAACCGAACCGAAUGAAACAUCAGUGCACAAGAACAAUUUUUCUGAGAUGAAAUUGAAGCUCACGGUACUUCUAAUACUGGUUCAUGCCAGUGCAUCAUACAAACCGCCCGCAAUCGAAGUUGAGGAUUAUCAAGUUCAGGAACAUGACAGCAUAGGAAAGUUCGUGGAACUAGAGGAACAUACCCGCCUUAUCCUAAAGUGCUCUGCACAUCAUAAUGGCGAUCUCAAAUACAAUUUCCCAAGUAUGGAAGGGAACGUUGGUUAUGACGAAAAUAAUUUCAAGAAACGUAUGGAAGAAUAUUAUGAUGACGCAUUUGGAGAUAAAGUUCUCACUCUCAAUGACGUUCGAGAAUCGGAUACUGGAACAUAUUCAUGCUCUUCAAUGGAACAUUCGUCAUUAAACGAUACUAUCUACGUGUUUGUUCAUCGAAAAAAAGUUUUCCUGCCACUCAAGUCGGUGAUGAUCAUAUACAAGCAAGGAGAAGUUAUGGUCCCUUGCAAAACAACGAAAUUUGUGGAUAAAAGUGACAUCGAAUUAUACGCCAGUAAUGUUCUUGUGAAAGAAGCUUCUAAAUACAAUUAUGAUCAACGAUAUGGAUUUAAAAUCACCAAAAAAUUGUACAGCGAGAAGCAAAUUGUAGAUGUUAAUUUUGAAUGCAGAUAUAAAAAAGAAGAGAAUCAAACAGCAACAUAUAUCAUCACUGAAAAAGAAGCAAGUUCGGAUGACGGUUAUCAUUUUUCCUGGGAAAAGGGUUUUCAGUGGCCCCAUGUUGGGUACAACUUCUCCCUCACGUGUAACCUCAACUACAACGGUUCGAAAAUCUUUCACGGCUACACGAACAAACUUUCCAUCGAAUGUCCUCAAUGUUCACAUGAUCCAGGGAGCCAUGUACACGUUGAUCGACACCGCAUCAUAGGAAAUAAGAUAUCAACAACCGUCCGCAUCCAACAUUUAGAGUUGGAAGACUCUGGAAAAUAUACAUGUAUUUGGGAGCAUGAAAACAAAGAAACAAAAUACACCGACUAUCAUCUUUACGUUGCACCAAAGAAAGCUCAGAUCAAGGUGAUUGAAACAAGCCCUACAAUUAUGAGAAUCAAGGAAAACCGUGCCACUUCUCUCACCGCGAAGUUUGCAAUCUACCCAUUUGAAAAAGAAAGCUACACUGCAAAAUGGAGUCGAAUUUAUAACUCUUCAAUUCAUGAAGGACCACAAAGCGAGACGAUUAUCAAUGACGACUUUCGAAAGAUUGCUGCUACAUCUUUUGGAGAUGGGGCGUUUUCAGAAAAUUUGGACAUCAAAGCUUUUGCCGUCUCGACAAACAUGAGUGGAACGUACGUUCUCUCCAUUUCACACAUGGACACAGUGCAAGUCGUUCAAUGGGAGGUUGCAAUUGAGAAUGAUGAGCCAGAUGUGCAAAUUACCGUCCGUGAACCUUCGUCGUUCUUCAUCUCCAACCAAGAGUACUAUAAACCUGACACCAAUCUCCACAUUGAAUGCAUCUCAAUUUCAAUUCCUCCGGCAGAUGUUGUCUUUGAGUAUAAAACAAAAAAUUCCGAACAAUUUCAAGAAAUUGAACCGAAUAAGUUGGUCAGCGUAGGUGGCACAUUUGACAGAGGUUUGAUUUACAAUGUGACGUUUACGGAAGGCAUGGAUCUGAAAUGCUCGAGUAUCAGAAAGGGAAAUAGAGCAAUUACAGUCAAUAAGUUAAUAAAAAUUGGUGAAGGUUUUGAGGUCCGUCCUCACCACGAAAAAAGCAGCAAAGCCACUGAAUCGGAACCUUCGAAAAUUAUAUAUGAAGGAGAUAACGUCAAAUUAACAUGCGUGUUUCCUCUCGAUUCAGAUGAUUGGAGUGUUUCGUGGCGUUUUGAAAAUUCAAAAUCAUCAGACAUUUCUUCAAUACCGACGACAACAGAAACAGAGAUAAAGCAGUAUUCCAAGCACCUCAUUCUCAAUUUGAGGGAUGUUACUACAAGCUUCACUGGCACAUAUACAUGCGUGGUCAAGAAUGAAGACUCCGAAAAACUACUGGAAACUUCAAUCGACGUGAAAGCCAUUUCAAAACCGUCCAUUACAGGCGGAAAUUCCAACGCUGUUGUGAUAGUAGAUUACGAUCAAUAUUUUGAAAUUAAUUGCAAUAUGACUGGUACCCCGCCGCCCGUAUACCAAUGGUUUAAAGAUGGAAAUCCAUAUACUCAUGGAGAUGUUGAUGGAAGUAUACUUCGUGUUUCAAGAGCCAGAGGUGAAGAUGAUGGAGAAUUUCAUUGCCUGGCCACCAACCGUGCUGGAGACAAACUUAAUUCCAUUGAAGUUCAAGUAAACAAUGCACCAAAAGGAUCAUUGUUUUUCUAUUGGUUUUUAGCCUUGUUAUUACUUAUCUCCAUCAUAGCUGUUUUUCUUCUUACAUGCAAACUGCGAGCAUCAAACCGAUUGACAAAGCAGAAAGAUAUAGCUUUGAACACACUUUACGAAACGAUGAUCAAACAUCAAGCAGGACCACUUCCAGAAGAAAUGAAGGAUCUUCCAGUUGAAGAACGAACAUAUUAUCUUCCAUAUAACAAUGAUUAUGAAAUUGACCCUGUCAAUCUUGAAAUUUUAAAUCCAAUUGGCUCUGGUCACUUUGGUGUCGUAAAGAAAGGUCUUUUGGGAAUGGCAUACCCUAAAAGCAAAAUUGAGUCGAAAACUCGCCUUCCUGUUGCUGUGAAAAGCUCCACAAACCCAUUCAACGUUGAGCUUCAGAAAAUGAUGGCAGAAGAACUGAAAGUUAUGUGUGCCAUUCCAAAGAAUCCCAAUGUUCUGGCUCUUAUUGGCGCUGUAACUAAAAACAUGAGACAGGGACAACUCUACAUUGUAACGGAAUUCAUUGACGGUGGAAAUUUGCGCGAAUUCCUUCAAGCGCAUAGAAAUACAUUCAUUAACGAACUUGUUGAAGACGAGCAUGUUCCAGUUGACGAUAGUUAUCUGGUCCCAAAUAGUGUGAAGAAGAAAAUAUACAAAUUUGACGAGAAGUUGGGAGAAGGAACAAGAUUGCUAGUUGAAGAUCCAGAUGCACUUUGUACCUCGGAUCUUUUAUCUAUUGGACUUCAAAUUGCAAAAGGAAUGGCUUGGCUUGCAGAUGUUCCCUGUGUUCAUCGUGAUUUGGCUUGCCGAAAUGUUCUCAUUACCAAAACGAAAAUUGUUCGUAUUGCUGAUUUUGGUCUUUCGAAGAAACAUACGAAUAAAACCUACUAUAGGACGAAGAAGAGCAAGGAUACUCCACUCCCAGUUCGAUGGAUGCCGUUAGAGUGUAUUGAAGAAUUUAAAUUCACUCAAAAAUCUGAUGUCUGGUCUUUUGGAAUUUGUCUCUAUGAGAUCUUCACAUUAGGCGGGACUCCAUAUCCAAAUUGUGAUACUUUCAACGUUAUUGAAUUCAUUCGAAAUGGAAAUCGAAACAAACAACCAGAAUACUGCCAUGACGAAAUUUAUGAGCUAAUGAAAGUGUGCUGGCAAUUUAAUCCAAAAGAUCGUCCAACAUUCAAUGAUUGUAUCACGUUCUUUGAAAAUCAUAUGCGAGAUUCUUCUAGCCAGUUUCUUGAACGCGUCGAAAACAUGUUGCACACGGAAAUGCAAGAACAGUCAAAACUUGAUGAUUGGAUUCAAGAUUCGCGUCCUGAUGUCCCUAAUGUGUCAUUCCAAAAGUCUCCGAAAAAACAAAAGGAAGAAAGAUAUUUGAUCGUAGAAAGUCAUGCCUAGUUUCUUUGAUUUUGGUUAAACCAACUGACUCUGGCAUUUUCUAGAAUAUCAAACUUGUGACAUAUUUUUUCUUGUAUUUAUUUUCAAACAUUCCAAUACCAAAAAAACUACUGCCCUCCAUCCCCACCCCUUUCAUUGUUUCCUGCUUCUAUUAGGAGAGAAAAAUUAGCAAACUUUCUAGAUCUAAAUGAUGAACACCUCUUUUUUAUUGUGUCAACGUCGGCGACAAGAAACAGGGAAAAUUUAUCAAUUAAAUCAAAAAUAACAGUUGUGAUUGAAAUUCAAUUUCAUUUUCCUAAUUUUAGCUCACCUUUAAAGUAAUCAACUUAAUAAUCAAUUCAAUUCCCAUUCCCCUCCCUUCCCCCCAUCAAAAAUUUACGGUUCGUUCCAAUAGUCAAUCGCAAACUCACACACUCGGUUCAAUUUUUCGUUUUUCUUUUCUUUUUUUAAUGAUUAGAUAAAUAAAUCCUUGUUAUAUUUUUAAU